AUGGUUCCGAACAAAAAUAUUUGCAUCCCACCGAAGACUGGGGAAGGUAGAGAGCAAAAUGUAGCUGCAAUCUUGGAGAAUAGACCUAGCAGUAUUAGCAAGAAUGCGGCAAACCACCCAGCUCUUCGCGAUGCACAUCCGGUAAGCAAAAUGACUCCGUUAUUAGCAGCUUGGGACACCAUAGGCAUUCCACCACCUACAGCUCCAAGCAAACUCCCUAAUGCAUCACACAUUAUUCCUCCUUGGACACGAGACUGA